AAUAAUUCUAAGCAUUAAUUGAAUUGCACGCACGCUCAUAUAAUAUAAUCUAUUUAAUCUAAUAGUUUAAUGUUCAAAAAAAAAUUUAAUCUAAUAGUUUAGAUAUAUAUAUGUCGAUACAUUUGGAUAAAAGUUUAAGACAUUUGGUCCUAAUAUUGACUGCACUACUUCUGUUAUUUGAAGUAGCCAAUGUACAAGCGCAAGCUCAAGUUGGAUAUCUUCCUCCAGAAGAAGUGAACGUUCUCCGUGAAAUAGCGCAACAGUUGGGUAAAACGGAUUGGAAUUUCAGCUUAAACCCAUGCGAUAAUAAUUCCAACUGGGCAACUCCGAAGUCGACAGCCAGACCUCUUUAUAACAACACAGUUGUGUGUGAUUGCUCCUACCCUGGGGAUGUUUGUCAUGUUAUCUACAUAUCUCUUAAGGGGCAAGAUCUUAAAGGUGUUCUUCCACCGUCCUUGGCAAAGUUACCAUACAUCAAAAGAAUUGAUUUGGCCCGCAAUUACUUAAAUGGAACCAUACCGCCAGAAUGGGCUUCGACCAAUCUGGAAUACUUGUCUGCUAUUGUGAAUCGCUUGUCAGGAAGGAUUCCAACAUAUUUGGGCAACAUUACCUCACUUGUUUAUUUGAGUCUGGAGAGCAACAUGUUCUCUGGAACAGUUCCAGCUGAGCUUGGAAAGUUAGAAAAUCUCAAAAAUCUGGUCCUUAAUGCAAAUAAUCUCUCUGGUGAGUUGCCGGUGGAGCUUAAUAAUCUGAGAAACUUGGAGGAACUCCGACUAAGUAGCAACAGUUUCACUGGAAAAAUCCCAAGCCUUGAAAGCUGGAAAGAACUUCGGAUGUUAGAGAUGCAUGCUAGUGGCAUGGAAGGACCAAUUCCAGCCAGCAUUUCAUUCUUGAGCAAAUUGGAAGAAUUAAGAAUCUCUGAUUUAAGUGGAGAAGGUUCACCACGGUUUCCAGAUCUAAUUGGCAUGAAAAACAUUAAAAAGUUGAUGUUGAGAAGCUGUAAUAUAACCGGGACGGUUCCUGAUUAUUUAUCACAAAUGUCCAAGCUGAAGCAUCUUGAUCUCAGUUUCAACCAUCUGUAUGGUACUAUACCAGAUCUAAGUGGACAAAAUGAUCUGCAAAAUAUGUAUCUUACUGGCAACUUCCUUAAUGGUACCAUUCCUCGUUGGUUCAUAGAAGGAGACAAUACGCGUAAUAGAGAUCUUUCAUACAAUCGCUUCAGUGAAACAAGUAUUCCUACAUUUUGUUAUGAAUCACGGAACUUAUUCAGAAGCUACAUUGGUGCGAAUGAAUCAGACAUUGCAAAGUGCCUUAAUCGUUGCUUCAAGGACUACAAAUCAGUUCAUAUCAAUUGUGGCGGGACAAAAAUUACUACCGUAGACAAGACUUAUGAAGCAGAUCAAGAUAUAGCUGGAGCAGCAAAGUUUUAUCAUUCAAAUGAUAGUUGGGGAUUUAGUAGCACAGGAACUGUGGACCUAGAUAAGAAAAUAUACAAUGCAUAUAAAUACACGGCAAAUAAUGUAUCUAUACUCACGAUGGAAGACUCAGAACUUUACACGGUUGCUCGCCUCUCUCCACUGUCUAUCACUUACUAUGGUCGUUGCUUAGCAAACGGAAGGUAUACGGUUACUCUACAUUUUGCAGAGAUUGUUAUCAGGGCUAAUGAAUCUUACCAAAGUCUUGGAAGACGUAUUUUUGAUGUUUAUGUCCAGGGAACUAUUUAUUUGAAGGAUUUUGAUAUUACCAAAGAAGCGGGGGGUGUUGAUAAGGCUGUAAUCAAAAGAAAAGAAAAUGUUCUUGUGACUAAUAAUACGUUAGAAAUUCGGUUUCAAUAUGCUGGAAAAGGUACGACGGUGGCCCCAAUGAAAGGAGUGUUUGGACCUCUGAUAUCUGCCAUUUCUAUGGAGUCUGAUUUCGAACCAAGUAACAGAAGUACAUUUAUAGCCAUUGGAGCGGUGGCUUCAGUGUUAUGCCUCGUUCUCGUAGUUCUUGGUAUCUCAUGGCAGAGGGGUUAUAUAUGGAAUCAGAUAUCGCGUAAAAAAGAACUGGAAGGAUUGGAUUUGCAGACUGGAGCAUUUACAUAUAGACAAAUUAAAGCUGCCACUAACAAUUUUGCUGAUUCAAAUAAACUUGGGGAAGGCGGUUUUGGACCAGUUUACAAGGGUGCACUACUAGAUGGAACUCUAAUUGCUGUGAAGCAACUUUCUUCUAAAUCAAAGCAAGGAAACCGUGAAUUUGUCAAUGAGAUAGGCAUGAUAGCUGGUAUCCGACACCCUAAUGUUGUAAGGCUACAUGGCUGUUGUGUGGAACGCAAGCACCUACUCCUUGUUUACGAGUACAUGGAGAAUAAUUCUCUGGCGCAUGCUCUUUUUGAGCAGGAUAACACAACCACAAUUCAAAUUGAUUGGCCUACAAGACAAAGAAUUUGUAUUGGUGUUGCCAAAGGUUUGGCAUUUUUACAUGAAGAGUCGGUGAUAAAAAUGGUUCAUAGAGACAUCAAGGCUACAAAUGUGCUCUUGGACAGAGACCUUACUCCAAAGAUCUCAGAUUUUGGAUUGGCUAAGCUUACGGAAGAAGAGAACACCCACAUUACCACUAAAGUUGCUGGAACUAUAGGGUACAUGGCACCAGAAUAUGCACUACGGGGAACCUUAACCUACAAAGCAGACGUAUACAGUUUUGGGGUUCUUGCCCUGGAAAUAGUUGCCGGAAAGAGUAACAUGAAAUUCCGGCCCAAUGGAGAUUUUAUUUGUCUACUCGAUUGGGCUGUUGAUUUAAAAGAAAGGGAGAGUUUGAUGGACUUAGUGGAUCCUAGAUUGGGUAAUGAUCUCAACAAAACUGAGGCCCUGAGAAUGGUUGAUAUUGCUCUACUCUGCACUCAAAAGAUCCCUACUCUUAGGCCCACGAUGUCGGAAGUAGUGAAUAUGCUCGAGGGGACUACUAAAAUUAUGGAACCGGGCAUAUUUAUAACUUCAUCUGAUGAUGAGUACAGGUUACAAGCACUCAGAAUGCUUGACGAAGUGGAAUAUGAUGAACAUGUGAGUUUUAGAAAACCGACAUCUUCUAGCUCCCACGACCUAUAUCCAAAGAGUCAGAUUUCUUAUGAUUAAAGUUGAGUAAUUAAGCAUUGUUCUUGUUGCAACUUUUAUAAUUGUGUAGUGCAUCUGCGCGCGUGUUCUGUAUACUAUUAUUUCCGUCAACAGAUUUAUCAAUUUAAUCGUAUGUAAUGAAACUGGUGGACCAAAAGUACGUAAGUAAUAGAUUCAUAAUUUAAGUUUAAAAUAA